AUGUCUGGAACACUCAUCAUCAAGCCAUUGAGUGCAAAGUUAACUCAUGAUACUGAAUCUUUUGGAAAGAUGGAUCCAUUCUGCUUAGUAAGAGUUGGUGGAUAAACUCAAAAAACUCGAUCACAUACAGAUGCUGGCAAAUACCCAUCUUGGACUGACACUCUUUCAUUUCGCAGAACUGGAGAGUUGAUUGCUGACAUUGAGAUAUGGGAUAGAGAUGAAGUAAGCAAAGAUGAUUUGAUCGGAUAAGGAUCUUUGGCACUAUAGACUUUCUUUACAAAACCAAAUGGAACUGAAUGGGUCAAUUUAAGUUAUAAAGUAUACAUUAUAUAUAUAAAUUAUUAGGGUAAAUAGGCUGGAUAGGUUUUGAUUGAAGUUUAGUUUUUCCCUGAUGGUGGUGCUAAACCUCCUGUUAUGCCUGGUUAAUAACCACCAUACUUUCCAAACCAACCUUACCAAUAAUAACCUAUGUAUCCUCCAUAACCAGGUUAUCCUCCUUAAUAACCGUAUCCACCCUAAUAGCCUGGUUAUCCUACUUAACCUGGAUACCCUCCAUAACCUGGCUAUCCUGCACAACCUUAUCCAUAAUAGCCCGGAUAUCCUCCCUAAUAACCAGGAUACCCUCCCUAAUAGCCAGGGUACCCUCCCUAAUAGCCAGGAUAUCCACCAUAAUAGCCAGGCUAUCCUCCUCAACCAGGCUACCCUCCUUAAUAACCAGGAUAUCCACCCUAAUAACCAGGAUAUCCACCUUAACAACCAGGAUAUCCACCCUAAUAACCAGGGUAUCCACCAUAAUAGCCAGGAUAUCCCGCCCAGCCAUAUCCUCCUUAAUAAGGAUAUCCCCCUCAGCCAGGAUACCCACAGUAACCAGGAUACCCAGGUUACCCUCAAUAAGGAUAUUAAAAGCCUUUUUGA